CGGAAGCGGAAAUAGCCGUGUCGUGUCGUCUCUCCUUUUAGGUUCCWGUGAAUCUACACCAGCUGCAGGAUCUGAUUUCUGAUACAAACCAAUGCAGUCAGGAGGAAGAGAAAACACCAGGAUGGAAGUUCACUGAACCACAAACUGCACAUCAGCACCUUUAAAUAAAACACACAAGGAGAUUUCUUUACAGACUGUGGUGGUUUCAUUCCCCACCUCUCCCCUCCACACAUCAUGACGUCCUCUAUGCUCAGACGACARUUAAAGAACCUGGUCCAGAACUACUCUGAGGCCGAGGUCAAGGUGAGAGAGGCAACAUCCAAUGAUCCGUGGGGUCCCUCCAGCACUCAGAUGGCCGACAUUUCUGAUCUCACCUACAAUGCGGUGGCUUGCAGCGAGAUCAUGACAAUGCUCUGGAAACGGCUGAAGGACGAUAAGAACUGGAGACAUAUCCACAAGUCUCUGACGCUGCUGGAAUACCUCCUGAAGACCGGCGAUGAUCGUGUUCUUCUGAAAAUGAAGGAAAAUAUCUACAUUGUCAAAGCCCUCACAGAGUACCGCUUUGUAGAAAAGGACGGCAAAGAUCAGGGUGUAAAUGUGAGAGAGAAGGCCAAAGUUGUUCUUGUUCUUAUGGAGGACGAUGAGAAGCUGAAGGCAGAGAGAGAGUUUGCAGUGAAGACAAGAGAAAAGACAUCCAAAGGUUCUGCUGCCUCAUCCACAGACAAUGUCAAAGAUCCCAACUACAAGCCAGUCUAUGUUCCUGGAGCCUCGGGGCUUCCGUCCUUGGACAACAUCCCCUCUGUCGCUGACUUGACUGCUUCUUUUGCUGCCCGCAAAGAGGAACGACUUAAACAGGAAGCCGAGAAGAAAGAAACAGAGAGACGGGCCAAGUUGAGUGAAGAUGAGCUACAAUGGGAGGAUGCAGGCAAAGGCAAUAACUUGAAAAGUGAUGCUUGGGGAGGAGAAAAGGCAGAGAAAGAGGAGGAGGAGGAAGUGAAACCAGACCCAUGGAAAGCCCCUAAAGAACCUAGUAGUGAUCCUUGGGGUGCUCCGGUGAAAACUGAAGAUCCAUUUGCAGCACCAAAAGACAAACCUGAUCCAUUUAGUGCACCAAAGGAUGACUCUUUCAACACAACAAAAGAUACAACCGACCCUUUCAAUGCACCGAAGGAUGUGGAGGAUCCAUUCGCCGCUCCAAAGGAUAAACCAGAUCCUUUCAGUUCAGCCAAUGGUGAUCCAUUCAUUGCUUCAAAAGAUGAUUCGUUUACUUCUCCAAAAGAUGAUCCAUUCAAUUCUCCAAAGGAUGAUCCAUUCAACAUUCCAAAGAAUGAUCCAUUCAAUGCUCCAAAGGAUGAUCCAUUCAAUGCUCUGAAGGAUGAUCCAUUCAAUGCUCCGAAGGAUGAUCCAUUCAAUGCUCCGAAGGAUGAUCCAUUCAAUGCUCCAAAGGAUGAUCCAUUCAAUGCUCCAAAGGAUGAUCCAUUCAAUGCUCCAAAGGAUGAUCCAUUCAAUGCUCCAAAAGACGAUCCAUUCAGUGCUCCGAAAGAUGAUCCAUUCAGUGCUCCAAAGGAUGAUCCAUUCAACUCUCCAAAAGAUGAUCCAUUCAGUGCUCCAAAGGAUGAUCCAUUCAACUCUCCAAAAGAUGAUCCAUUCAGUGCUCCAAAGGAUGAUCCAUUCAAUGCUCCAAAAGAUGAUCCAUUUACUGCUCCAAAAGAUGAUCCAUUUACCACUUCACAAGAGGAUCCUUUCAGUGCCCCUAAAAAAGACCCUUUUAUCACCUCAUCUGAUGAUCCUUUCACUGCUCCAGCAUCAACACUCACUAAAGAAGAAACAGAAUCAGCAUUAUCUAAGGCUGACUCCUUCACGUCGCCCACAACGCCUCCUAAAGGUACUUUUCCAUCUCCAACCAAACCUGUUCAAGGCGACCCUUUUGCUGCACCGACAACACCGCCUAAAGAGGAUCCCUUUUCCAUGUCGCCCACAUCUACAAACAAGGACCUGUUUGCUGCACCAUCAUCACCUUCAAAGCAAGACCCGUUCACGGUGCCAACCAGUCCACCAAAAGAUGCUGCCUCAGAUCCAUUCAGCGCCCCUCUGGUGGGCUCGCCCCAAGAAAAUGCAGACACAUGGGGAGCUCCAGCCAGUUCUCUACCAACCACAGGGUCUGACACUUGGGGGGAACCACUUGCUCCAACUGAAACAAAAGGUGAAGAUCCCUGGGGUGAUGGAACAAGUGCCUCUUCRCCCCUUGGUAAUUCUGACCCUUUUGGAGAUGCGUCCAAACCAGACACUGACCCAUGGGGAGCCCCAGCUUCAGCUCCAGCCUCUACAGAUGAUGCCUGGGGAACACCUGCUCCUCCCUCCAUCUCCUCUCCAUCCAGCGACCCGUUUGGAGAUGAAGCAUCUAAAAGCAAUGAUCCCUGGGGUGCACCAAGCAAUACAGGAAAGCAAACGGCAAAAGAAGAGAUGUUUAGAAAGACUGCUUCAUUCUUGGGCUCUCUGGUUGACUUGGAUGAUCUCUUAGCCUCCAACCCAAAACCCAGACAGCCACCUCUCAACCCAUUCGCUGCCCAAACACCAGCCAUCGGCACUUUCAAAGCCAAAGGAAUGACAUCUGGUCCUUUGGACAGAUCAGGGGCAUUUGCUGAAACUUUAGUCCAAUACCACAAUCCCUUCAGUUCCAGCCUAACACCCACUCAGCAUGCAGUUUCUCACACUUAUGGAGGCCAGGUGGCCCCAGAAACUGUGCUGGCACCGUCUGUGUCUGUCAGAGGGAAUCCACACGGUGAACUGGGGAUGAUGCAGUGGGGAUCUGACGUAAGCAGUGCUUUGGGAGCAGGAGAUGCUCUGACCRGUUUCUUUGGAGAAAAAAUCUCAGCAGAAGUGAAUCCAUUCAGAGGUUUGUCUUCAGAGACYGAAGGCUGCCUGGAUGAGACAUUCAACAAAAGCCACAAUCCUUUCCUGGACUGAUUAUUUAAGUUAUUUAACUUAUUCAAAUCAAUUUUUUUAGUUUUUAUCCAUCAACUGGCAACAGAGAUGAGUUCUGCAUGUUGCAGCCUCUUAWAGAACAGUGUAUAAAAGAUCAUCAUGUAUCUUCUUACAAAACAAUCAUAAGAUUACAGGUUUCUCAUAAACAGCCACUGAUUUCUGUACGUCAUGUUAUAAAAAUCCACCCGCUUCGAAUGUUAUCAUCCAUUAAAUGGACGUUAUUAGCCAUUAYCAGUCCCAUAAAUGGCUUCAGACUAGAUUCAGACUGUCCCGACUGCCGCCUAGUGGGUUCUCCGUCCCAUAGAAUGGCUUCAAACUGUCAGCUGGUUUGAAUGAGGCAUAAAACCACUAAGGUUUUUUUAUGCAAUCUAGUAAAAAAUGAGGUAUAAAGCCACUGAGGUUUUUUAUGUGUUCUGGUUAAUAUGAGGCAUAAAACCACUGAGGUUUUUUUAUGCAAUCUGGUUAAUUUGAGGCAUAAAGCCACUAAG